GAAUAUUUGCAAAAUCACGACGUGCCUGUAGUCCGUUCUGUACGUCAACAAUCAAGAAUUUUAAAUAAUAUUUGCUAAAUAGGAUACUUAUAUUAUAUUAAAUUAAAUCUGGAAACUGCUGUGCGAUUAAUCGUUGCAGAAGACAUCUGAUCUAGGAUAUUAAAUUAUUUAUUUUCGCGGCGCCAUUUUGUAUGUGCCGGUGAUUUUUCGUUUACUUGUCAAAAAGUGUACUUGUACUCGGAAUAUUAUUGUUAAUCCAUUAUCUUUUUGCAAUUAAGUAUAUCUUUUUUGACUAGAUUAUAGCACUACCGAAGUUAUUUUUCUACAAUGAUUAUUUAAUUUUAAAUUGAAGCUAUGACUGUUGCAACAAGAGGACAAGAAAUUGUUGAAGACAACAAAGAGACACAGAGUUCAACUCCAGGCCCAUCCAAUGUAGAAUCCAACAUAGAAGUUCAAGAUGAUAAUACUGAGCCAGAUUUUCCUAAAGACAAACUGGCCGUGCUCGAUGAAAAAAUAUCAAGCCUGAGAUGGGUAGUGCCAGUUUUACCCGACCAAGAGUUGGAAAUAUUAUUGAAAGCCUCAAUUGACUUGGCCAAAAAGAACUUGGACACAAAAUCGGAAGCAUGUCAGAGGUUCUUUAGGGAAGGUUUAACAAUUUCUUUUACAAAAAUUCUAACCGAUGAUGCAGUCUCCAGUUGGAAAUCCAAUAUACACGCAUGUAUCUUUCAAAAUUGCCUCAAACUUAUCGAACUAUGUGUGGCAAAGUUGCUGCACGACUGGUUUCCACUCUUAGAGCUGCUUGCAAUGGUUCUAAAUCCAAACAACAAAUUUCACAGUUUCAAUUCGUCGAGACAGAGUGAAUCAGCUGGUCCAAGCUUUGUUCUGAGCGAGGAGGAAUUGUUUGCCAGGCCUUCCCCAGAUCCAAGAAACCCAAGAGGAUGGCUGGUCGAUUUAAUUAAUAGGUUCGGAGAAUUGGGUGGCUUUCAGAAACUUUUGGAGAGGUUUCAGUCAGGAAAAAACUUAAGUGUGUCAGUGGUUUAUGCACUUUUAACUCCGUUUGGUCUUUGUUAUGAGUUUUUAACGCCUCAUACUAUACAUAAAUAUGUACUUCCGAUUUUGGAGAUGGUACCAGGUAUCCUGGAAAAAAUAACUGAUGAAGAAUUGAAGAGGGAGGCGAAAAAUGAACAGAAAAGCGACAACGUGUCGCUUAUAAUUAGAUCUGCCAAAAAUUUAGCAUCUAAAGUGCCAGAUCAGGAAGAACUGAUACGGACUUUGGAGAGUUUUAGGUUAACUAUGAUACUGAGGCAGUUGCAGAUAUCCAGUUUCAACGGGAAGAUGAACGCACUGAAUGAAAUUAAUAAAGUGAUCUCCAGCGUUACUUACUAUCCGAACAGGCAUCAUGGUGUGGAAGAAGAGGAAUAUUUAACGCCAGAACGAAUGGCGAAAUGGAUAAAAGACAACAAGGUACUCGAAAUAGUACUCAGAGAUUCCCUGCACCAGCCCCAAUACGUAGAAAAACUUGAAAAAAUCCUACGAUUCAUCAUAAAAGAGCGGGCGCUGAGUUUGAGCGACCUGGAUGCAGUGUGGGCGGCUCAGGUGGGCAAACACGAGGCCAUAGUGAAGAACGUGCACGACCUGUUGGCCAAACUGGCGUGGGACUUCAGCGCGGAACAGCUGGACCAUUUGUUCGAGUGUUUCCAGAACAGUUGGACGUCGGCCUCGAAAAGACAGCGGGAGCGACUGCUGGAACUUAUCAGACGAUUAGCCGAAGACGACAAAGACGGCGUGAUGGCUCAUAAAGUUUUGACGCUAUUUUGGAACUUGGCUCACGCAGAGGACGUCACUACUGAAAUAAUGGAUCAGGCUCUCGCUGCUCACGUCAAAAUUCUAGACUAUAGUUGUUCUCAAGAGAGAGACGCCCAAAAAACCGUAUGGUUGGAUAAGUGCGUGGAUGAACUUAAGAACGGCGAUUCUUGGGUACUGCCCGCUCUAAAGCAAAUCAGAGAAAUAUGCACUUUAUAUGAGCAAAAUUCCAAUGGUAGUCAUCCGCAGCAUACCCAUCACAUUUACUAUCGUCAAGAAGUGAUUGAAAGGCUUCAAAACCAGCAUUCUUUGGUGAUUUUGGUCACCAAUAGCCUCACCAGUUACAUGGAUCAUUUGAGGGCCCUGUAUAAAGAAAGACCGGAGCUUACUGCUGAGACUUAUGUACCGGACGGCAGAUAUUGUCAUGUGUUACAAGUGCAGGAGAGGUUAAACUUCCUCAGGUUUCUCCUAAAAGACGGUCAGUUGUGGCUGUGCGCCGACCAGGCCAAACAAAUAUGGCAGUGCCUGGCCGAGAACGCCGUCUUCCCCUCGGACAGGGAGUCCUGUUUUCGCUGGUUCUCCAAGCUGAUGGGCGAGGAACCGGACUUGGACCCGGGCAUAAACAAGGACUUUUUCGAGAAUAACUUGCUCCAAAUCGAUCCCGUGUUGCUCACGGAGAGCGGAAUCAGGUGCUUCGAGCGGUUUUUCAAAGCCGUUAACAUCAAGGAGGGCAAAUUGAAGCUGAAACGGCGGUCUAUACUCACGGAGGAUCCCGAUCUCAUCGGGAUUGAUUACUUGUGGAAGGUGGUCACACUGUGUUCUGACGACAUCGCAUCCAGGGCCAUCGAACUGCUAAGAGAAGUGAGCACGAAUUUAGGGCCAAAACUUCUCCAGUCCCAAAUCGAUUUCCACGACCAGUACAUCGGAGAGUGUUUCGACAGACUCCGGGCUCACUACGACACGAUCACCAUUCUGCAGAAGCCGGUGAACGAGAAAGAGAUGGAGAGCGGUCAGAUCACCAACAGGAUCAAGGCGGAAGCGGUGAAGAUGUGCAGAGUGAUGAAGGUCCUUCACGAGUACAUCAGCGAGUGCGAUAAUUCGUUUGUCGGUGAAAGGAAGAUUCUGCCUUUGCACAGGGCUUAUUAUGGCAAACACUUGGCUUUAAUCAUCCGAUUUUCGAGCAUAAACAGACAAGUUGAAGACAUAGAAUUACACACUCACUCAAACGACACACUGUCUUCAUUGAGAAAAGCGAUUUUGAGGAGGAUUAAGCCGGGAGUUCACUGUAAGUUGGAACUGUUUGUCAAUGGCGAAUCCCUGGAACCGGCGGAUGACAGAAAGUUGCUCUGUCAAAUUCCCAUCAGGGACAAAAUGAUGAUCUCUGCCAAAGUGAUUCAGGUCAACUCGAACAUGGCCUCGUCUCAAGACAGCAGUUCGGAUAGUUCUACCUCUUCGCCGCAACACUUAUACGACGGACCCAACACCGAGGCCGAGUACUUCCUCCCGGGCGUUCUAAUGUCCCAGAAUUCCAUGUACGCUGAGUUUUUUUGUCAGCUCAUGUCGCUGGGCAGUCAACUCAACUUUCCCCCUCUGAGGAACAGCGGCCACGCCCUUCUGAAACUGAUGCCGUGCGACGUUUCGACCAUGGACAAGUUCAAGACGAAGUUCGCCAGUACGGGCGAGCACAACAUUACGAUGGACGCUAUGUUUUUCAGCGCGUCGCCUGCAGAGGUUCUGUAUAACUUGGAAGUUCUCUACGCCAUGCUGAUGCCCGCCAUGGACACCCUGUCCGACAAAACCUACGAGUUCCAGUACAGUUUUAUCACCUCGGGCGAGGCUCACAUCUUUCUGGAAAUGCUGACGAAGAACAACUUCAUGUCGAACGCCGACAGCGUGACCAGACGAUCAGCCUACUUGGUAGUGCUGAAAAUAUGCAAGCUGAUACUUACGUCUGUGGCUCACGUGCUGGUAAGGCUCAGCGAGGAUCAUACUCCGCCAGAAAACGAGCCUUCGAACGAAAAUACUACCACUCCAGGGAUGUAUUUGAAGCAGGCGCUGAGAUCCGUUCCUGGUCAUUCAGAUUAUCUCCUUCGUCAAGUAUCCAUGAAACUAUCUCAAGGCCUCGCCCAGCUGAUGCUGGCCGAAACGGGCAGUACAGGUCAGGCUCAAGCCCUUUUCAGCCAGGCUCUGAACUGGGAACUGCCCGACCUGGCCACCACCCUAGCUUUAGUGAGGCUAGUUUGGGCGGCAAGCAGUGACAACCUCGGUGCGUUAAAUUCCUCACCAGAGACGCUGCAUUCGCUGUCAAACCCCUCCAAUCAGCGAGCGCCCGUUGAUCUGGACUGUGAAGACAUAUUGUUGUGUAAAGAGGCUUUGGAGUUGCUCAGUACGGCUGUGGUUCUGAAUCCGAGCAGUUUGGAACACUUGUAUCAGGAUAAUUGGUGGCCUUACUUCAUCACAGAUUUAGUCCUUCUGAACCCGAGUUGCGCUGUUCGCGUGGCCGCAGCUGAACAACUUAUUGUGAUAUGUACGUGUGGCGCCGCAAGUCGUCUGGCUUUGCAACUAAUCAUGCCCUUACUGUUCUCUUUGCUGGACACGAUGGUCAUCGAAAACGCCAAUAAUUCUCAUGAGUUCUUUCAGCUACUGUCCAGACUCGUCAGCGUAGCUUACCUUACAGGAUGUCCUUUAAAUGAUGCUUCAGUCUUGUUAGCGAAUGAGGUUGCCUGGUUGAAGAAGGCUCGCGACAAGAACGAAGUACUGAUUGAAGGCCAUUUAGGUCUCGCCAAGGAACUACUCAGCUUCAUGCCUUUAGAGCAAAAGUGCGAAUUGGGUAGUGAUGAAUCGGGGAACCUCAUUAGAGAACUUUUAGAGGAUUUUUUAUUCCCCGCCAGCAAGUUGCAGCUGCAGCUGAACAAAACGAAGCAGCUGGGCGAGGACCCGGCCAUACCCGUGUGCGACACGCCUCAAACUCAAGCCGCGGCCUUCGAUUUGCUGAUUUCUUUAUGUGUGAAUUGUGUGCCGAACUAUAAGCAGCUGGUGAACAUGUUGACGGAGAUGUUCUAUUUAGACCCGGAAACCGCGAUAACCGAAUGGGACUACCUGCCAGCGGUGGGUCCAAGACCGUUCAGGGGUUUCGUGGGUUUGAAAAACGCGGGCGCCACCUGUUACAUGAACUCGGUACUGCAACAGUUGUACAUGGUGGACAACAUCAAAGAAGGAAUUUUAGCUGCCGAGGGUGCCGCUACUGAUCCCAACGAGGAUUUUACGGGGGAGGAGAGGAUAGAUCUGGACAUAGACUGUACGGACGACAAGAAUUGUAUGGACGACAACAGGAAGGAUUAUAACGUUGGCAUUUUGAAGCAGGUUCAAGCAAUUUUCGGACAUUUGGCUUGCUCUAGACUACAGUAUUACGUGCCUAAGGGUCUCUGGAGACAUUUCAAGCUUCAAGGUGAACCCGUCAACUUAAGGGAACAACAAGACGCGGUGGAAUUUUUUAUGUCGCUCGUGGAGAGUUUGGACGAGGCGUUAAAAACGCUGGGUCAGGAGCAAAUAAUGUCGAAAAUUCUGGGCGGGUCGUACUCCGACCAGAAAAUUUGUAAAGGCUGCCCCCAUCGCUAUUCCAAAGAAGAACCCUUUAGUGUAAUAAGUGUAGAUAUUAGAAACCAUAGUAGUUUGCCUGAUUCAAUGGAACAGUAUGUUAAAGGUGAAUUGCUGGAAGGAGCCGACGCGUACCAUUGCGAGAAGUGCUCGAAGAAGGUGGUGACGGUGAAGCGGCUGUGCGUGAAAAAACUGCCCCCCAUCCUAGCCAUCCAGCUGAAACGGUUCGAGUACGAUUUCGAGCGCGUGUGUGCCAUCAAGUUUAACGACUACUUCGAGUUUCCGCGCGAGCUGGACAUGGAGCCGUACACCGUGUCCGGCCUGGCCAAGAUCGAGGGAGAGAUCAUAGACUGCGACCUGGACCCCAACGCCAGCGAAGUAUGUACGAAGUACCGGCUAUCCGGUAUCGUCGUGCACUCGGGUCAGGCUUCGGGAGGACACUACUACUCGUAUAUCCGACACAGGGACCCCUCGGGCGAGGUGAGAUGGUACAAGUUCGAUGACGGGGACGUAUCGGAGUGUCGAAUGGGGGAAGAUGAAGAAAUGAAGGUGCAGUGCUUCGGCGGGGAAUACAUGGGCGAGGUGUUCGAUCCCAUGCUGAAAAGGACCACCUAUAGGCGGCAAAAACGCUGGUGGAACGCCUACAUGCUCUUCUACACUAGGUUGGAUGUCGAGGAGGAGUUUUUAGUCAAAUCCGUUAAUCAACUUAGCUUAAGUAAGUAUUUCUUUUACAAAUACUUAAAAAUAAUAAAAAAACUUGUAUUUCUAGCGUCGUCGAAACGGGAAACGCAUUUGAAAAUGCCCCUAGCCAUCGAGAAUAGUAUAAGGAAGCAGAACAUCAAAUUUCUACAUCACAGGAGCCAGUUUACCAUCGAAUAUUUCUCGUUCGUACGAAAGUUAGCAACUAGUUCGGCGCAGACUAGCGUGAGGCACGGCCAAAACCUCACGCACGAGAUGCUCGAGCAGCAGUACCUUCUCAGCGUGCAAUUGGUCAGUAAUUUCUUGUUCCACACCGGCUGGCAUACGAAGAAAAACCUGCGUGGACCUGCCGUGGAAUGGUGUGACGUGCUAUGUUUACAUUUGAGGACGUCACCCAACAUUAGGACGUGGUUUGGUAUCAACAUCCUCUUCAAUCACAUGAGUAGGUUCUGUGAAUACUUGCUCGGUUGUCCCAGCAACGAGGUUAGGUCGGCGUUCAUGAAGAUCAUAGUUCUUCUGGCGCAUUUCUCUAUUAAAGAUCCCCAUUGUCCGUGUCCGCCGGGUAUAAACAACCAGGAUCCCACAGCGACACUGAGCGAUCACAUUAUCUGGGCUUUGCUGAGUCUGCUACACAAAGAAGUCAGCGAACACGGCAGGCAUCUGCCCAAUUACUGCACAGUGUUCCAUAUGUACGCCAGUCAAGGGAUUCAGGAAAAGGCGCAACUACUGAAAUUGAACGUACCGGCAACGUUUAUGUUGGUAGCCCUGGACGAAGGUCCGGGACCCGCCAUCAAAUACCAGUACACUGACUUAAGUAAACUGACUCAGUUAGUGUCAUGUUUAGUGCGUUGUUGUGACGUGAGUUCGAAGUGUCAGUCCAGUAACGGCGACGUCCUGCCCAACCCUUACCGGGAGCCGACCCUGCAAGACUACAUCAUGCCUAUAUCGCCUCAGGCGGAAGAAAUACUGUUUAAUAGAACUAGCUACGUUAAGAAAGUAAUCGAAGACACGAACUUGACAGAAGAAGCCAUCAAACUGUUGCAGUUCUGCUCGUGGGAGAAUCCCCAAUUUUCCAAGACUGUCCUCUCUGAACUGUUGUGGCAGAUUGCGUUCGCGUACUGUCAAGAGCUGAGACAUCACAUAGAAAUCCUUCUUUACGUUCUGUUAAUAGAAGAUUCGUGGCAAUCCCACAGGAUCCACAACGCUAUCAAGGGAGUGCCCGACGAAAGAGAAGGACUGUUAGAAACGAUAGGAAGGGCUAAGAACCAUUACCAGAAGAGGGCGUACCAGUGCAUCAAGUGUAUGGUGACGCUGUUCACCAAGUGUCGGAUCGCUCAGAAUAUGCUCCUGGCGCAGACUGACCUGAGGAGGGCGUGGGUUUCUGCAGUGACAUGGCUACAAGACGAAUUGGAACGCAAAUAUCCCCCUAAUUCACAGUACACUUACAACACGUGGUCCCCGCCUGCCCAGAGCAACGAGAGUUCCAACGGGUACUUUUUGGAACGGUCCAACAGCGCCAGGAAAACGUUGGAACGCGCUUUGGAACUCAUGCCAGAGGCCGAACGUCUGGAAGACGAAGGAGUGGAAGAUACCGAGUCUCUCGAAGAAUCCGGGCAGGUGGAGUCGACCGAGGAGAACCUAGAAGUGUGCACGGAACCCCCGAACCCCCCUCAGCAGCAGAAAUCCGACAUUUAAGGCCGAAAAAUCUGGUGAAACGAGUAUUUUGAAAAGCUGCGAUAUCAUCCUAUAUUUAUUCUGUCUGAUUUUUUGGAAUUCGUUCGUUCGUUAAGUCCCCCUCAGGCUUUAGUUUAAGUAUUGGAAAACUAAAAAUAAACCGCAAAUAGCUGGCAAGAUUCAAAAAAAAAAACGUAAACAAGCAAACCAACAUUAAUAUAGCUAGGUUAAGAGAAGAGAUUGUUUUUCUUCGUCAACAAUAACACCAAAGCGUAUAUAUUAUGACGUGUGUACAUGUCUGGUUUGUUUACUACCUAUAUAUAUUUAUAGAGAACUGUGAUUCUUGCACUUCGCUUAUCAAGACGUUGUUCGCCUCAGACAAAAUGGGGAUAUGUGAUAUGUAAUGUAUAAAAAAAGGCAUUUUCUGAACUCUUUUAUAUUGACAGGGAUGCAUUUGUUCUGCCUAUUUGUUCCUUUUUGCAGGCGAGUCCCAACAUUGCUACACUGCCCAACAAUAAAUUUCCGACAAGAAUAAUUUUCAGUCGCCUUUUGACAGCCCUCUCUAACUACUUAAUAUUAUUUUCCGAUUUUGAUGUCCCGGGAUUUUAUCCCGAAUUUUACCUCUAGAAAUGAAAGUUACUUUUUUACCCUGAAAAACUUAUCGCCCUGUGGAAAAAUCUAGCCUUAUUAAGUUUUGGUUUCAAGAGUAAUUUUUUCAUUACACAAAAUUUGUUGAUUCAUGUCAAUAUGUUGUUUUUAAAAGAAGAUACAAAUUUUUAACGAAAGUAUUGCACUUUUACAGUGGCCUAAACAAAUAUCCAAGGAUUAAUAGUGCGUAUUGCCACCUAGUUCACCUAGUUCAAUUCUAAUGACAUCUGUCACUAAAAAUUGCAUGUUUCAAUGCAGUUUUGUUUUUCUUCUUAAAGAAUAUCUUCGAAUUCUUCAAUGAGGAAUUCUAGCAAAUCUUAAAGUAUCUUAGUAAAGUUUUUGGUUGUCGUGGAGUAUCUCAUACAUGUUCAAUAGCAACUAAAUCUAGACUACAUGGUGGCCACACCAAUCAAUGUUCACGUUUUCUAGAUAUUCUGAAUCUUCUCUAAAAAAUCAGAUAUUGACAUGAAUCAAAAAAUAUUGUGUAAAGGAAAGGUAACUCUUUAAACCAAAACCUAACGAAGAUUCGUUUUACCGGCAAUUUUUUCUACAGGUCGAUAAGUUUUUAAUAGUAAACGACAACUUCUGUAUCUACCUCUGCAAAAAGUUUAAUCAAAAAUCGAAAAUAAUAUACAAAGUUAUAUAAGGCUGUCAACUGGAGUAAAUUUAUUUUUAUCCUGAAUUUACUGCCGGGCAGAGUAUUUAAAAAAAACAGAUUUAGAUUAGAAAAAAGUAAGUCUUUUUUGAAAGUGUAUAUACCGUAUAGAGAAAUAAAAAAGGACAAUUUUUUCCGUUGUA